GAGACGCCAAUAUGUGCUGGAGACACAGAUGAAAGCAAGACUAUUUCACUUUCUUACUUUCGUCACGUUCUGCUAUCGGAGUCGGACAGGCUGGUAAGAUUACUGAAUCGUUGACUUGCAGAGAGGAAAUGCAUUUAUCUCAACAGAUGUCUUGUCUAAGUAGUUGCGUGGUGAACCCUGUGAAACGUUGAGCAUCUGCUGACUCAGACAUUCCCAUCCAUUCUCUUCUAUGUUUAUGCAAAUUAGCGUCUUGGCUCAUCAAAAGAUUCAGACACUUUGACUCGAAUUAUUCUUCUUGUCGUUAAGGGAAUACAAUAGGAGAGUAAAAACAGUGUGUAUCUGUUCAAUUCCUCUCCAACAGCCAGCACUUAGUUCGCUCACUCUCCCCCCCCACUAGUAUCACGUGGGGGGGAGAGCUCUCAUAUUUGGGGUGAUUGUAAUCCCAUAGCUCCAUCAAUCCAGCAGUGAACAGCUGUUCCGAGAUACAAGGUUCCUUAAGCAUGGACACGGGCCAGGGCAGCCCGGAGAGCCCUAAUCGGGCUGUGGAGUACCUGUUGGAGCUCAACAACAUCAUCGAAAGCCAGCAGAAGUUGCUGGAGACACAGCGGCGACGCAUUGAGGAGCUGGAGGUGCAGUUGGACCGCCUCAACCAGGAGAACAAGGACCUCCGGCUGGACAGGCAGCCAUGUCCACCACCACCACCACCACCGCCGCCACUAGGGGCCUCCAACCAGACCCAUGGGCACCAUUCACAUGUGCAGAACUCCGCCACUGUGUACCCCAUCCAGAGCCACAACAACGUGCCGGGCCCUAACCCUACAUCUGCCGCGGCUCCUCCUCCCCCUCCUCCGCCCGUGCCUCCACGCGACCGGCGUAUUGUCAAUGCACACACACGCCUCAGCCGUGGCCUGUCCACUGGGUCCAACCCAACAGAAAAUGAGAGGGACAGAGAACGACACAGAGAGAGCGUCAGCACCGGCACGGCCACCACUCUGCAGAGACAUGUGGAAGGGGAUCCUCACUGUGGGGACACAAGCAGUUUCUCAGACAGCUCCUGCAGUCAGGUCCCGUACCUGGGCAUUUCGGACCGAUACAUCAAGGCUACAGGAGAGCCUUUGGGCUCCCAGGGGCCUUCUGUGGCCCCUCCAAGCCCAGCGAGCCUGGCCUGGGCCCAGCGCACACGCCUCCAGCCUGCCAGCCUGGCUCUGCGUAAGCAGGAAGAGGAGGAGAACAAACGCUGCAAAGCACUCUCAGACAGCUAUGAGCUCUCCACAGACCUGCAGGAUAAGAAGGUGGAGAUGCUGGAGAAGAAAUAUGGUGGUUCCUUCCUGAGCAGACGAGCAGCACGCACCAUCCAGACCGCUUUCCGGCAGUACCGCAUGAAUAAGAACUUUCAGCGGCUGCGUAGCUCCGCCUCAGAAAACCGCAUGACGCGCCGUAUUAUCCUCUCUAAUAUGCGCAUGCAGUACUCGUUUGACGAGCGCCAGCCGCAGGUACUUCAUUCUGGGCAACUCGUAACGCACCGUGGUCAGGAGGUUAACUUUAGUCUAACAGUAAUUCCCCUGGUACUUAGAGAGCAGCUAAUCCAAAUGCAGUCAUCCAAAAAUGGCAUUUUGAGAUUACGGUUACAAAUAUUUGGUAUGCAGCCUCAAACCCCCCAACAACAGCAGCAGCUCUACCCUCCUCGCCAUCCCUCUUCCCUGGCCAUGGCCGGCCAGCAGAGUUCGGCUGACACAGAGCAGGAGACAGAAUCACCUUCACACUGCCCUUCUGACCGGGAGGAUUACUCACAUGCAGACGAUGCCUUUACCAAACAAGUGACAUCACUGGCAGACUCCAUGGAUGACACUCUAACAUGUCAGUCUGGCCGUGGCGACUCCCAGGAGGGUGAUGGUGGAGGCGAAGUUGAGGAUUUCAGUGAGUGUGUCUGGAGCAGCAAGAUCCCAUCUCGGCGUGGAGUACCAACGAGUGAGCGAGAGCGGACAGCGGGGACACUCGGGGGCAUGCACGAGGACAGUACAGCCACAUCCUACAGUGACGUAACUCUCUACAUGGAAGACGGCGUGCCUUCAUCUCCACUUUCCAUGGAACGUGCACCCAGCAGUACUGACACUGAGUACUGGGGGCUAGGCGGCACAGCAGGAGGACGUGAGGACAGUCGAGAUGCAGAGGGUGGAGGCAGCAGCAACAGCCGGCGCAGCACACCAUGCACCGAGUGCCGUGACCAUCGGCUCCGUGGUGCCCACCUUCCCGUUCUGACUAUCGAGCCGCCCAGUGACAGCUCCGUGGACAUGAGUGACCGUUCGGACCGAGGCUCCCUCAGCAGGCAGUUACUGUAUGAGCAGGAACCAGCAGGAGGCGGAGGGGGAGGAGGUGGAGGUUCACCCCAGGGAACUCUCAAACACAACCCAGCCCAGGGCCAGACUCGCCCUAUGGGUCGUCCUAUUCCUUCACCCCUCCCCACACACAUACCACCACACCAUCACCAUCACCACCACCCACUGGCCCAUCUUCAUCACCCGUACCCGGACUCAUCUGUAUCACCUUCCCAACCCCCACUGACGCCGCUCUCUUCCACCUCAUCAGCGCAGCUGCCUUCUACUGGCCUGGAGCCAUCUGAUGGCGACAACGACUCUCUUAACUCCACCACCAACUCCAAUGAGACGAUUAACUGCAGCUCUGGCUCGUCCUCCCGGGACAGCUUGAGGGAACCGCUACCCGCACUCACCAAGCAGACCUACCAGAGAGAGAGCCGCCACAGCUGGGACUCACCCGCAUUUAACAACGACGUGGUGCAGCGAAGGCAGUACCGCAUUGGUCUCAACCUUUUCAACAAGAAGCCGGAGAAGGGCAUCCAGUACCUGAUAGAGAGGGGCUUUAUGUCUGACACCCCAGUGGGCAUUGCACGCUUUAUCCUGGAGAGGAAAGGCUUGAGUCGUCAGAUGAUCGGGGAGUUCCUGGGCAACCGACAGAAGCAGUUCAACAAGGACGUGCUGGAUUGUGUGCUGGAUGAGAUGGAUUUCUCUGGAAUGGAUUUGGAUGAUGCCCUGCGCAAGUUCCAGGCUCAGAUUAAGGUCCAAGGAGAAGCACAGAAAGUGGAGAGGCUGGUGGAAGCCUUCAGUCAGAGGUACUGUGUGUGUAACCCUGCGUUGGUGCGGCAAUUCCAGAACCCUGACACCAUUUUCAUCCUGGCCUUCGCAAUCAUCCUUCUCAAUACAGACAUGUACAGCCCUAACGUCAAACCAGAGAGGAAGAUGAAGCUGGAUGACUUCAUCAAGAACUUAAGAGGGGUGGAUAAUGGACAGGACAUCCCGAGGGACCUGUUGGUAGGAAUCUACCAUCGUAUCCAGAAGUGGGAGCUGAGGACCAAUGAUGAUCAUGUGUCUCAAGUGCAGGCAGUGGAGAGAGUGAUUGUAGGCAAAAAGCCAGUGCUCUCUCUACCCCACCGCAGACUGGUGUGCUGUUGCCAGCUUUAUGAGGUUCCUGAUCCUAACAGGCCACAGCGGAGUGGGGUUCAUCAAAGAGAAGUCUUUCUCUUUAAUGACCUACUGGUGGUCACAAAGAUCUUCCAGAAGAAGAAGACAUCAGUGACAUACAGUUUCAGACAGUCUUUUCCUCUAGUGGAGAUGCAGGUUCACAUGUUCCAAAACUCCUACUAUCCUCAUGGGAUUCGGUUAACCUCAGCCAUCCCAGGAGGGGAGCGUAAGGUCCUGAUUGUCUUCACAGCACCGAGUCAGCAAGAUCGGACACGUUUUGUCAGUGACCUGAGAGAGAGCAUUGCUGAAGUGCAAGAUAUGGAAAAAUAUCGAGUAGAGUCGGAGCUAGAGAAGCAGAAAGGCGUUAUGCGGCCUGGGCUCAUGAGUGGAGAAGUGAGUGGUGGGGUGGAUGGAAUAAAGACUGAGGCAGUGAAUGGCACUCUGGGUAGGCCCAGCCUCGAUGACACAUAUGCCACAGGGGAUGGGCUUAAGCGCACAGCGCUCAGCUCAUCACUCAGAGAUCUCUCAGAGACAGGAAAGCGGGGUCGGAGAAACAGUGUGGGCUCUUUGGAUAGUACCAUUGAAGGAUCCAUCAUUAACAGCCCACGGCCUCACCAGCGUCUGCCUAUGGGGGGCGCUCUUCCCAGCUGCUACGGGCUGGAAGACUACCGGCCUCACCGCCCCAUCCUGAGCCCCGGGAUAGGGGUGGGGGGUGGGCCGGGGCAGUUACACAACGCCGUAGGGAACGCUGGGGCAGGAGUGCUCCCCAACACUGGCGACCGAGGGUCCGGAGGGGGCAGCUCCGGCUCCUUCCUGGGUUCUCUGUUUGGCAACAAGCGUGCCAAACCCCCAGCCCCGCUUAUUCCUCCAGGGCCACCGUAUCCUGCUCCCGUGGCCCCGCCUACUACCGGGGGCCCGCCUCCUCCCUCACCUUCCGCUCUCAGUCAAUCCGACCUCGGCGGGCCCUCCAAGAUCCAGGCGCUACACGCACAGUACUGCCACAACAAUAUCGGCCCACCUCCACCUCCAUACCACCACCAUCAGCACCAUCGUUACCACGUACAGCUCUCGGCCGCUGGCCAUCCACACACUAUGCAUCACACUCUGCAGCGCAGCUCACUUCCCCGCCGUGGUUCACCCAUACCCUCUCACGCUCCACUUCAGCAGCAGCACUCCCAUCAUAUCGUGCAUCAGCACGGCCGCCAUUCCAGCGUGGGCUGCACCCCUCCUCCGUUGUCUCCUCAUUCACCACAUUCGCCCAUCAACCCAUUCAGCUUCUUCCACACUCACACCCCACUGCCACAUCCCGCCAAGCUGCCACUGACACUGUCUCACUCUCAGCCCCACCCCCACCCUCACGGCCAUUCCCACGCUCUCUCUCAUACCCACAGUCACGCCGGCCACAUCCACAGUCCCCAUCCACUACUGCAUCAUUCCGCCCAUCAACCUCACUUUGUGUUCGCCCCGCCUCCACAGGCCCCAUCCACCAUCACAGCACGUCACGUGCCGCAGGCCCCCUCACACUACCUGCCUCAGUACCCACCUCUGUCCUCCAUCCCGCCUCCUCCGCCGCACUCGCCUUUACCCCCUCCUACCUCCCCCCUCACCCCUCUUACACCGCUUACACCUCUCUCGCCGCUGCCACCACAGGUGGUCAACCAGGGGCCGGGAGCAGGAAGCACAGGGGGCAGCGCCAGCACGACCGGCAGCUCCAAGUCAAAGCCCAUCAGCCGCAUCAGUACAGUGGUGUGAGACGUGGCACAGCUCGCAGGGCAAGAGUUCACCGAAGGAGGAGCCGAAGCCCACGCAAGCGGAAACACACUGUGGUCCGACUUUGCUACUUCCACAUCCGCUUCCCACAUGUGUAGAGUGAGGGUGAUGGAGGGUAACCUAUAGCUGGGCUACUAAAUGCAUACGCCAUUUGCUGUCGUUUCAUGCUGGUACUCAUGAUAACAUCCAAACAAUAUUUCAUCAAUAUUUGAAGGAAGCGCUGAUUCUGUUAUUCCUCAGAAGCUGACAGACGCAUGAGCUGGAAAUGCAGUGUUGCCAAAGGUGGAAAUUGUGAGAGAUUGCUGCCAACCUAUAAGGUGAGAGACUAAGACUCAAAAUUUUAAGGGAUCCAACUGUUCCGCUACAGAGGAGGUCAGGAAGCGAGCUUUACCAGGCAGCCUGAGGAGAGGACAGAACGCAAAAGAAGCAUCAAUUUUAAUGAACAGCACUAAAAAAAAAAGCAUGGACAUUAAAGCAACUGAGGUUACAUGGAAAUCCUGUUCGCUCCAUUUCAGCGUUUAAUUUUUAAUGUCAAAUGACAAUCAUUACAGGUCGAGGCAAGUUUGUUUUUGUUUUUUGUUUCUGUUUUUUUUUGUUUUGUUUUUUUACAGAAUUGAGUGAUACAUUCCACAUUCCUUCCCAUACCUUGGACUAAAUGGCUGUCAUUGUUGGACUACAGCUUUAAAAGUCUCAGCCACACACUCUUAAGUGUAACACAUCCUGUUUAUGUUAAAGGAUUUUUUGUAAUAAAACAUUUUUUUAGUGGAAAGAGACCAUUAUAGGAGAGAGAGCCAUGCAGGAGGAGCAUUCCAGUAUUUAAUUCUAUGUUUGGAAUCUAAAAGGGAAAAUAUUUGAAUAUAGAACAGCACAUGUAAUAUGUAAUUGUGUUCUGAAUUUCAAAUCUGCAAAAUCGAGGCGUAGCCCACUAAUUUAUAAACCAAAAAAGUUUCAAUUCUUAAUGAUUCUUUAGUUUUCUUUAGUAUUCUUUCCAUUCAGUUUGCUUUGCUUUUGUUUUUUGGGGGUUUUUUUUUUUGGAUGAAAUGGAUUUGUGUCUACAAUUAGGUGAAGAAUUUAAUAUUUUUAUUAUAUAAUUAUUAUUAUUAUUAUUAUGUACUAUUUCAGCUAUAUUUAUUUUUUUUCCAGAAUGAUGUAAUUAGGUCAUUGUGAUUUAAGUGUCAAAAUUACUCGAUAAGUCUGACUUGUCUGGUAAUUCUGUUUUAAUGACUAUUUUUCUUUUAACACACUUUUGAGCUAUCAAUAAGUACUCGAACAGGCUCACAUGAUUUGCUAAUUACUUGUAUUUGGCAAAGUAUUACAUAGCCUUAGUGCCUAAUGUAAGGUUUUAGGAUCUCUCGAUCCUAAAUGUGCAGCAACUGAAUUUCCCACAAAAGUAAAUAAAUAAAUAAAUAAAUAAAUGGAUAUAUUUACAGUGCUUGCGAGGUGAGCACUGUAUUGUUAUUUAAUUUAAAUCUUGCAGAAUUAAUUGUAUAAAUACUUUAAUUUUUUACUCGACGGUAAGUUGGACUGAAUUAUAAGCAUAAAUAGAUAGACGUUCUCUCGAGCAUUGAUUGUACAGUACAAUUUACAAGAAUGAUAUGAUUCAAGUGUGUUUUUCGUUAUUAAUAUUACGAUGUCAAAUAUUACUGCUAUUAUCCUUGAUAUUUUGAUGUAACACUUACUACUAAUAUGGAUAUUGUUUCUGUGCUGGUUUGUUUUCUAUUAGAGGUUUUUUCAAUCUAACACAGUGGUAUUUCAAGUGUACAAACUGAACUUUUGAGAACUUAACUGGGCUACAUAUUUCAGGAAAUUGUUUUGCUUGGAAAAAAAUUAAUAAUUCGGUA